AUGGUUCAUCAGAUGAUAGCUUUGCCGGAAUUAUUAACAUUUGAGGCAAUUGUGGUUAUAUUGACAGUAGGCAAAGUUAAUGUUGUACUAUUUGCCAUUUAUCGACCAGGAUCGCAGUUGGUUUUUAAAGCAUUUUUUCAAGAAUUGACCAGUAUCUUGGAGAACAUAAUGUUAUUGAGUGAUCAUGUAAUAUUAUUAGGUGAUUUGAACGUGCAUAUCGAAAAAAAUGAUCAUGUUAAUGCCAAGAUAUUAUCGAAUGUGUUUGACAUGUUUUCAAUGCAAGAUGUAAUAAAAGAACCUACACAUAUGCAUGGUGGAACGUUGGACUUGGUGGUACCAGUAAUAAAUAUGCCUGUUACUCGUGUUAGGGUAUAUCCUAGUGGUGUCAUUUCUGAUCACAGUUUGGUUGUUUGCCAAUAUUGUAAGGUUAAAGAACAUCAAGUAUUCUCGAAUUUUUUGGAGUGCUCAAGUGAUGAUGUUAAGGCAGUUAUUUUGAAAGCCCCUCCGACAACAUGUAUGCUAGAUCCCAUCCUGACGAGUCUUUUCAAAAAACACAUUGAACUGUUUUUGCCGUACUUGACGGAUUUGAUCAAUAUGUGUUUGAAAACUGGAAGUUAUCCAAUGAUUUUUAAAAAAGCAAUUGUUACACCGCUAUUGAAGCAACCAUCGUCCGAUGCAAAUGAGUUGAAGAGUUUUCGUCCUAUGUCAAAUUUGUCGUUUAUAGCAAAGAUUGUUGAAAAGCUAUAUAUUAAUGUAUAUAAAUCGUUAGAUGGUGGUGUCGGGGUGAAAGCUAGUGGGAGAGAAAGGGUUCAAAUUGAAGAUUAA